UUUAAAGUAGAAAGAAGACUGAUGAUACGUGUACUAACCUUAUUGCAGUAAUACGAUACACAUUAAUUGCAUCAACCCCUUUGUCAUAUUCAUUCUCGUUUUCCCCCCUCUCUCUCUCUCUCCUCCAGCCACCACAAAAGCAGCCGAAGACGACCUCUCUUUCAUUUUUCAGAUGCCACAAGAAGAUCAACAAAAGUCUUGAAAAACAACAGUCAGGAUAGAAGGUAUAUUCGCUUGACGGUUGAUGAUCUUGUGAGUAAUUAAGGUGGUAUUAAUUGCAUACUUUCUUGAUUUGGGUUGAUUGUGAUCAAUGGGGAUCUUCGAAGAAAUGGGAUUUUACGGAAAUCUUGAUUUCCUUUCGGCUCCCAACUGCGAGGGAGAACGUGCUCCUGAAACCGAACAAGACGCACCCGUGGAGGAAGAUUACAGUGAUGAAGAAAUGGACGUUGAUGAGCUCGAAAGGAGGAUGUGGCGAGACCGGAUGCUUUUAAGGCGGCUCAAAGAUCAAAGCAAAGGUAAAGACGUCGAUAACACCAAACAACGUCAGUCUCAAGAACAAGCGAGACGCAAGAAGAUGUCGCGGGCCCAAGACGGGAUCUUGAAGUACAUGCUUAAAAUGAUGGAAGUUUGCAAGGCUCAAGGGUUUGUUUACGGAAUCAUUCCGGAAAAUGGGAAGCCAGUUAGCGGGGCGUCUGAUAAUCUCCGUGCCUGGUGGAAGGAAAAGGUCCGGUUUGAUAGAAACGGGCCGGCUGCAAUAUCAAAAUACCAAUCGGAACACUCGAUUCCGGGGAAAGAUGAGGAUAAUCUUUCCCCGGUUUCCACCCCGCACACGUUGCAAGAGCUUCAAGACACCACUCUCGGUUCUCUUCUGUCGGCUUUAAUGCAGCACUGUGACCCGCCACAGAGGCGGUUCCCGUUGGAAAAGGGUGUCGCACCACCGUGGUGGCCCACCGGAAACGAGGAAUGGUGGUCGCAACUCGGGUUACCGAAAGAACAAGGGACCCCACCGUAUAAGAAGCCUCAUGAUCUGAAAAAGGCGUGGAAAGUCGGUGUUUUAACGGCCGUCAUUAAGCAUAUGUCGCCGGAUAUCGCGAAGAUUCGCAAGCUUGUUAGGCAAUCUAAAUGCUUGCAAGACAAAAUGACGGCUAAAGAAAGCGCCACGUGGCUCGCUAUAAUUAACCAAGAAGAAGCUAUAUCGCGGAAACUGUAUCCUGAUAUCUGUCCGCCUAUAUCAACAGGUGGGUCCGGGUCGUAUCUUGUAACUGACGCCGGUGAUUAUGACGUGGAGGGUGUAGACGAUGAUCAGACAGUUGAAGUAGAAGAAUGUAAGCCGCAGCCUGUUGAUGUCACUAAUCUCUUUAAUCUCGGGCUCAUGGGCCCGCAACUGGCCCAAGUGAAGGGUGAGCUCGUUGAAAUCCCGAGCUCGGAUAAUUUCGUUCAGAAAAGGAAGCAGUUAUCUGAUGACCAGCAGCCACCGAAGGUGUACACUUGUGAGUUUUCCCAAUGCCCUUAUAGCGACAUUCGUGUAGGUUUUGCUGAUCGACUUUCAAGAAACAAUCACCAGAUGAAUUGUCCGUAUCGCCCUUCUCCUAAUCCGAAUCAUAAUCCGCCUCGUAGUUCCACCCUAAGUUUCCAAAUGAAAGAACCACAACCACCCGUGUUCACAAUGCCGUCAUUUGGUCAACCCAAGAUGACCACGGGUCAACCCAUGAACCAGGAUGCUGCAUUUGGUGCGUCACAGUUUGGACUUCCGGGAGAUGGUCAACGGGCGAUUACCGAUCUUAUGUCGUUUUACGAUACGAAUCAUCAAAACACCAACCGAAAUCUCAACACCGCGAAUCUUGAUGUUAUCGCUAAUCACCAAAACACCAACCGAAACCUCAAUGCUGCAAAUCUCGACGUUAUCACCGACCUCCAGAAGCAAAAAUUCCCCAUGCAACUCGACGAUGACUUUUUUAAUCAAGGCGUAGUCGAGUCAAACAUCAGUUCCAGCCAGUCAACCUUCUUGUCAACAGGUUUCCAGUUCGACAACAAAGCACCAUACACCCCUCCUUUCGACGCACACAAUAAUUUGGAUUUCAGAUUCGUUUCGCAGUCUCCGUUCAAUCUAGGAGGCGUUGACUUUUCCGGCGAGUCAAACCCGACCCCGGAUAUGUCCAUGUGGUACCUCUAAAACAACCACCAGCAUCAUCAUCAAAAUCAUCUCCCUUUAACAGGUGAAAAAGUCUUUUUAUAAUCCAUAGUUAUAGUAGUAUCAAGUUAGUUAUUUGAACUCAUUAUGCUUGUUACUAUUACAAAACUUUGAUGUUUUUCAUGUUUCUUGUGACAAAAUACAUUGUGGUGGAUUAUUAUAUGAAUUAUUGGUGGCUAGCUUUUGUUUGUU